GCUUUGCGUUUACGUCACGUUACAAUUCGUAAACGGUGACGAAAAACAAAAACCAUAAAUCAAAGCCAUCUCAACGACGAAGUUAGCGUAAAUAUCAGAAGAAAAAUUAUCGCUGAAAUUCAGAUUUAUCAUUUAAAAUGGCAGCAUUUGUAAGACAUCGAAUUAUGUCCAAACUAUUGUGUUACGACGACGAUGUGGAGUUUGUAGCUUACAACGACGGCGAGACAAAUUUGGGUCACUGCGCGUAUGAACCGACCCCUUGGGACACCGAAAAGGAAGUCGACGAAGCAACAUUGACUAAAUAUAUCAGCAAAAUUAUUGUGAGUCAGGCUAUUGAUAUGGCAGAUGGCAAAAAUCAAGACGAAGAUAAGAUCCCCCGAAUGUACCGGUACCAGACCCAAGAGUCGCACUUCGCACCGAACUUUCUCAACAACACAACUAUGCCUCGCCGGAAGACCGGAAACAUGUCCAAGAAUCGUCAAAAGUCGCGGCGCUCCCGGGAUCAAGAAGAGGUAACGGGGCUCGCCCGAGAGGCGCCGCCGGGAAGCGAAGUGUUCAUGCGAGAGGGAGUGCAAAUGGUGACGCUGCCUCUACCACUCUUGAAACAGUACAUGCUGACGGAAGUGGAUGCCCGGGUGCGCGCUGUGCACUACUUCUACGAGUAUCGCCACGAACUGGUGUGCCGGGACCGCGCCUCGUGCAUCACCGAGCUCCUACAGGCUAAAGAUAAGAACAAUUACCUACUGGAAGACCUACGGAAGGCCAUGACGACGAUAGAACUACUUCAGAAUCUCAACAAAGUAAAAAUGAUGAGUGACGCCAGUAAGGAGUCGCAGCGCAAGCGCCGGAAGGAGAAAAAGAAGCGGAAGAACGACUCGGUCCCAGCGAUAUGUCAGUCGGAGACGUCACGUGAUCACAAUGACGUCACCGGUAGUAAUAGUGGCGAUGCUAAGGACGUAGUAAUGGAAAUUAGAAACGGAAGUGGCGACUCGCCCGAUCAAAAAUGUUGCGGUAUCAAACCGGAAGUUUGUGAAAUGGACCGAAGCGAGAGGAAAAUAGUUGAACAAUCAGGCGAAGAAUGUGCUUAGAAAAUCCGAUGUCACUUUGUAUUGACAUCGAUGAUAUUCUGCUUGCUUAAGUAAGGGGCGUAUCAUUGAUAGUUUGUUGUUGGUUGAAUAAAUAUAAGAUUGCA